CGAGGAGCCUCGCGACAGAACAUCGUGAUACAUUCACCCACUCCACCCAUAUGCGCUCUCUGCGCUGCAUCACGGCGCAUCGACAUGUAAGAACCUUGGCAAGACAGCUGCCAUGCUGUCGCUCACUCCGGCGAUGCCUCACUACGCUGGCCAUAGAAACCUCCUGCGACGACACAUCAGUCGCGGUUGCAGAGCUCACGCCAUCUUCGCUCGGCGGACGACUCCAUGUGCACUACCACAACAAGAUUACUGCGAACGCCGAUGAAUUCCGCGGAAUCCACCCAUUAAUUGCCCUGAAGUCGCAUCGGACGAGCCUCGCGCCAAUGGUUCAAGAAGCAUUGAGCACUGCUCCGCCAUUGGACUUCAUUUCUGUCACGCGAGGUCCUGGAAUGCGUAGCAACCUGGCUGUUGGUGUGGACACUGCGAAAGGGCUCUCUCUUGGUCUGAGGAUUCCCAUUCUAGGAUUGCAUCAUAUGCAAGCCCAUGCCUUGACUCCGAGGCUUGUGCAUGCGAUGCGGAAUUCUGGUGGAUGCAGUUUGAAUCAAGGCUUGAAACCCAGCUUUCCGUUCUUGACAGUACUGGCGAGUGGAGGCCAUACGAUGUUAACCUCGUCUCAAAGUCUGGUAGAGCACACGAUUCUGGCAGAGACCCACGACAUCGCCUUGGGCGACUGUCUUGACAAGGCUGCCCGAGCAGUAGUACCUUUAGAUGCAAUACAAACUCCUUAUGGGAAGGCUCUCGAAGAUUUUGCCUUUCCUUCUGGCGAGUACCAAUACAGGCCUCCAGCCCGCCGGCAGGAGGAGCUUGAGCACCGCAGAACGCAAUGGAACUGGUCGCUUGCGCCGCCUUUCUCGGAGAGUAAAAGUGGUGCCAAAACAUCACGACGCAUGGCAUUCUCCUUCGCCGGGCUCUUAUCCUUCGUAGAGCGUCUAAUGUCUCAGAAGGUAGAUGCGAAUGGACGUUUGGCCUCAGAGGCACGUUUGCCAGAAGAAGUCUCCACUGACGAGCGCCGUGAACUGGCGCGCGAGGUUCAACGAGUUUGCUUCGAGCAUUUGGCCUCCCGCAUCUUACUGCAUCUUUCCUCUUCCAAUGCAAACGAUGUCAACGCGAUCGUUGUCUCUGGAGGGGUUGCAUCAAACCGAUUUUUGAGACAUGUAAUGCGCGCUAUGCUUGACGUUCGUGGCCAUCGACAUGUUGCAUUGGAGUUUCCGCCCGUCGAACUCUGCACCGAUAAUGCCUUAAUGAUUGCAUGGGCUGGAUUGGAGAUGUGGAAUGCCGGCUAUCGGUCGACCUUGGAUAUUGAACCGAUCAGGAAGUGGUCGAUGGAUGCAGCUGCUCCUGAUGGUGGUAUACUAGCGGUCGGAGGGUGG